AUGAGCUGCCCCACUGAUAAAAGGCGCUCCCUGGUGGCUUUCCUGCGCCGGCUGCGCGACCUCGGACAGCCCCCCACGUCCGCCACAUCCAAGGCGAGCGCUCCCCGCGAGCCAAAAGAGGUGCCCCUCUGCCCGCUGGUGACAGGUGCUAAGACUCGGGACGCCACCUCCCUGCCUGGACCCACCAACUGGCCACUGCUAGGCAGUUUACUGGAGAUUUUUUGGAAAGGGGGCCUGAAGAAACAGCAUGACACUCUGGCCGAGUACCACAAGAACUACGGUGAGAUUUUCCGGAUGAAGCUGGGCUCGUUCGACUCGGUGCACCUGGGCUCGCCGAGACUGCUGGAAGCUCUGUACCGCACCGAGAGCGCGCAUCCCCAGCGACUGGACAUCAAGCCCUGGAAAGCCUACCGCGACUACCGCAACGAGAGCUACGGGUUGCUGAUCCUGGAAGGAAAAGAGUGGCAGAGGGUCCGCAGCGCCUUCCAAAAGAAACUAAUGAAGCCGGUGGAGGUCAUGAAGCUGGACAAGAAAAUCAAUGAGGUCUUGGCUGAUUUUAUGGGAAGAAUGGAUGAGCUGUGUGAUGAAGGAGGCCGCAUCAAAGACUUGUACAGCGAACUGAAUAAAUGGUCCUUUGAAAGUAUCUGCCUUGUACUAUAUGAGAAAAGAUUUGGGCUUCUUCAGAAGGAGGUAGGGGAGGAGGCACUGACCUUCAUCACCGCCAUCAAAACGAUGAUGAGCACAUUUGGAAAGAUGAUGGUGACCCCUGUGGAGCUGCACAAGACCCUCAACACCAAAGUGUGGCAGGAGCACACACUGGCCUGGGACACCAUUUUCAGAUCAGUCAAGCCUUGCAUCAACAACCGCUUGGAGAAAUACUCCCAGCAGCCCAGUGAAGAUUUCCUUUGUGAUAUUUAUCAGCACAAUCGCCUUUCCAAGAAAGAACUGUAUGCUGCUGUCACAGAGCUCCAGCUGGCUGCGGUGGAGACGACGGCCAACAGCUUGAUGUGGACUCUCUACAACCUAGCCCGGAACCCCCAAGUACAGCAGAGACUUCUUCUGGAAAUCCAGAGCAUGUUGCCCAAGAACCAGACGCCACGGGCAGAAGACGUGAGGAAUAUGCCCUACUUAAAGGCCUGUCUAAAAGAAUCCAUGAGGGUCACCCCAAGUGUGCCGUUUACAACUCGGACCCUGGACAAACCAACGGUUCUGGGUGACUACGCUUUACCCAAAGGAACACUGUUGACGCUAAAUACCCAAGUGCUGGGUUCCAGUGAAGACAACUUUGGAGACUCCGACCAGUUUAGACCUGAACGCUGGCUUCAAAAGGAGAAAAAGAUCAAUCCCUUUGCCCAUCUCCCAUUUGGCCUUGGGAAGAGGAUGUGCAUUGGGCGCCGACUGGCUGAGUUACAGCUCCACUUGGCUCUUUGCUGGAUCAUCCAAAAAUAUAAUAUUGUGGCUACAGACAACGAACCUGUGGAGAUGCUGCAUCUCGGCAUCUUGGUACCCAGCCGGGAGCUGCCCAUUGCAUUCUGUCUGCGGUAG